CAUGCGCGGUAGCACAGCGUGGACGGGGAAAAUUGGCACCUCCAGGAGCUCUUGUGAAAAUCUCGACUCCCGUUCAGUUUUAUAAUUUAGACAGUUCAUGACGUCGUCGCGGACAGAAAUAUAAUGCGUGCUUGCUUAUUAACAUAUCGCAGUGGUAUAUUGGGCUUAACUCGUUUAAAUUAACGUUGCGGGGGAGUCGUUAACUUGAUAUGCACGAGCUUUGUUGUUGACAUUGAACGCGACAUCUAAAGUUGAACCUGUCAACAAACUCGACCAAAAAAAAAAAAAAAGAGUUCCUCUCCGUCUAGCAUUCCUUGAGGUUCUUUAACUCGUGUUUCCGCUUUAAAAUGUGACAAAACUGUUUCGUGUAGGAAGACGAAGAGUCCGGGAUUUUUAUUCUUAUUUAUUUGAUCGUGGUUGACGUAUCAUGUCUGCGCUGGAGAGACCCUGCUCCGAGUUGACCGUGUUGGACGUGUACGACAUCGCGGCGGCCCUGGCGCGGGAGUUCGAACGCACCAUCGAGCGCUUUGGCUGCGAAGCGCUGGCCGGCGUGGUUCCCAAGGUGGUCCGCGUCCUGGAGCUCCUGGAGACGCUGGUGGGGAGCGGCGGCGGCGGCCAGGAGGCCGACGAGCUGCGGCGGGAGUUGCUCCGACUGCAGCAGGAGCGCAGCGACAGGACAGCCCAGGAGAGGAAGCACCACCAGGAGUUGGAGGAGGUGGAGGACGUGUGGAGAACAGAGGUUGACGAGCUUCUCUCACAGAUUGCUCAGCUGCAGGCGGAGAACAAAAAACUGCUUGCCAGUCGAGCACUCAGCCAAGUUCCUGUCGCGGAUCGAGACCCGCACCACCAGGAGGAGGGGACGUCGCAGAUGGAAAAGCAGGCGAUGACCAGGCUGAACGAGUUGCUGGAGAAGCAGAGGGAUGAAAUCCGGGCCAAAGACCACCAGCUGACACUGAAAAAUGAAGACAUUGAGGCGCUCCAGAUGCAGCAGCACCGUCUGAUUCGGAUCAACCAGGAUCUCCGUCACAGGCUGGGCAGGAUGGAGGCACACGGCGCCGAGGCCGUGCGGCGGCGGGCCGAGCUGGAGGCGGCGGCUCGGGCCCAUCGGCGGCAAACUGACGCCCUGCGGCACGAGUUGAGGUGCCUAAGGAAGGAGCGGCAGGAGUGGGAACUGGAGAGGGAGCUGGCCAAGAUGGAGGAGAGCCUUCCAUCCGUGUCCGCCUCUAAAGGGUCUCCGCAGGCGUCCAAAUGCGGCGUCAAGGCAGACUCUGUGUGGGUGGAGUGCGGCGGAGAUCAUGACCAUUUGGAAAACAUUUCCAACUUUCUCUGCAACUCAGCGCGCGGAGAUGUGAACAGAAGUCAGCAGGACACGGACAAAUCCGUAUCGCUUCUGGAGGAGGAGGAGGAGGAGGUGGUAGCGACAGCGGUGGAGGAGAGGGAGGAGGAGGAAGAAUCAGAGUCAGACACCCCUCAGUUUACCCUGCAGGAGUUCCGGGAUGUCCUGCAGGAGCGAAACCAACUUAAGGCUCAAGUGUUCCUCCUGGAGGAGGAGCUAACAUAUUACAAAAGCGAGGACAUGGACGAGGAUGUCAGCUGCCUCCUCGGUACGUCACCGCCGCCCCCGUCGUGCAGCGCCUCCUCAGAUCAGCCAGAAUCUGGAAUACGACGCCUGAUCUUCACAGCUAUCAUGCCCAUGGUCGCUGCCGGGUUAAUCGGGGACGACCCGACGUUGUUGCCAAUCAGACGCCUUGUUUCGUUUGUAUGACCUUUUCAAUUACGCUACUCGCAGAAAGUUAGAGUGUUGGGAUUUAUGCAAUACUUUUUAGCUAAUGGUUGGGGAAAACGGAAGACACUAUUUGUUACAAAUAUAUUUAUAUUGGAGAACGACAGUGAGCCAACUCCAUGUUUAUUGUUUUACAGGAAGAGUGAUUUAAAAAUGUAACAGUGCAAUAAAAUGAGGAAUUUUAAUCUAUUACUUCUGGAUAUUUGUUUUGACUGAAAUCGUUUUCCUCAGAUUUCUGUUUGUUCCAAACUUCCUUCAAAUGUAUCCCUAUUUCACAGAAGAUCACAAAUUACUAACAUAGAGACAAACUAGCACCACAGCUAAAGCACUACAGUACAUAGUUUGAGUCUUCUGUCAAUCUCCAGAAAGUACUUUGUGGGGUGUUGGCCUGGUGAAUCAGAAGAUGUGCUGAGUGCGACAAUUGACUUCCCAUUUAUGUCAAAAUUGGCACUAAACCUUGGUUUAGUCAACAAUUCAUCUGCUAGAUAUACCUCGUCAUUUUUGCAAUUUAAGUGGCAAGAACGGGAUUCCUGGCAUCAUCUCAGCUGACUUCAAGCCAGAACUCGUGGGGCAAAAGAAAGAAUCACUCGCAUUUACAUUCACAGGAAAAUUACAAAUAAUCUACAGUGAAGAAAAUAAGUAUUUCAGCACGCUGUUAUAUUGCAGGUUCCCCACUUAGAUAUCAUGGAGGGGUCUGAAAUUUUCAUCGUAGGUGCGUAUCCACUGUGCGAGAGAUAAUCUAAAAACAAAAAU